GGGGGGGGGCGGCAAUAUCAAACACAUCUCGCUGGGAACAUGGAGACGGCACGCAUAUUAAUAAACACGGCACAUCUGCGGCUGUCUGAUAGACACGUCCCGAUGGCUGGAGACACAGCCGACACGGUCCUCUAUAUCUGUGUGUGUGUGUCUAUGUGUGUGUGUGUGUGAGUGUGUGUGUGUGUUAGUGUGUGUGUGAGUGAUUGUGAGUGUGUGUGCAUCCGUGAGUCUGUGUUUGUGUGUGUGUGUGUGUGUGUGUGUGUGUGUGUGUGUGUGCGUGCGUGCAUGCACGUAAGCAAGCAGUUAAUGUCUACGUGCCACCGACCACUCAUAAUCAUGUGAGGUGGACGUGUGAGAUCUUCUCAUUGAGGGGGGGGUGGGGGGGGGGGGGGGGGUUCUUGCUCAACAGCUUCAAGCCGAUUUCUGCCCCCAGAGGUUCACAGAAAUACACUUCCUCAUCCUGUUGUGUCCUUUGUUUUAAUCUAUUUUAUUUUACAUGAAGGAGCAAUACAAUAGCUUUUCAAUCCAAACAAAUAUGAACAGUUUAACAGACAGGGUGGACUUGGGAGAGGAAACCGUUAGGUGUCAGUGUGCGAACCCGCACCGACACCUAACCUUUGUUGUUGCUGCUCUUGAUAAAAUCUACGGAAUUAAUAUGGUACAGGAAGCCGACCUGCUGUGGUUUGUGUCACCCUGACACCCGAUGCCUCACAUCCUGAGCACAGGUCACAUUUUUUGCAUGCAGCCAGCGGGUGUACAAUAGAGUGAUGAAUUGUCAAUUAAUCAGCAACACUGAAUUGAGCAGAGAACCGGCUGAUCCUCCGACGCCUUCGCCCAGCAGAUGCAGCCGCGUCCUCAGCCUCCUGAACAACGGUCGGCUGAUGGAGCCCUCCUGCUCCACCUCCUCCUCCCCCACCAUCAAGCAGGAGGACGGGCCGGGGGGCCAGCCCAUGGACUCCUCCUUGGGGACGGGCCCCACGCCGCCCCAGGAGGCGAGCUGCUCCACCACCGACCCCGAGGAGAGGGCCCAGCGCAGCCAGUGGAACCAGCAGCAGACCUCCGCCUUCCUGCGCAUCUUCACCGACUCCCUGCAGAACUACCUGCUCUCCGGGCCCAAGCCGCUGAAGAACCAGGGCCUGAUGGGCCAGCCGGGGGCCCGGAGGAAGAGCCGUGCCCGGCGGCGGAGCCCGGUUCCGGGGUGUCCCCCGCAGGGCCACCAGGCCCUGGGAGGCUGGAGCUCCCCGGCCCCGUCCGAGUCGUACCUUCACCCUUCGUCCACUCUGCCCGAGGAGGAGGAGGAGGAGGAGGAGGAGGAGGAGGAGAGUUGCUGUCCGCGCUGCCUGGAGUUGGAGCAGGAGGUGCUGUCUCUGCAGCAGGAGAACGAGGAGCUGCGGAUAAGCGUCUGUUUUGAGACAGCGCCGUGUCAGAAUGUUCUGGACUACUUCCGGUCGGUCCUGCAGUUCCACAACCAGCUGGUUCAGCCUAUUCUAGAGGAGCCGCUGACCGAGGAAGAAGAACGGCAAACAGUCUUUGAGGGCAGCAAGCAGCUGCUGGGGAACUACCCUCUGUUCAUCACCAACAAGCAGUGGGACGAGGCCGUCAACUCCUCCAAGAAGGACGGCCGCCGCCUGCUGCGCUACCUGAUCCGCUUCGUGUUCACCACCGACGAGCUCAAGUACUCCUGCGGCCUGGGCAAGAGGAAGCGCUCCGUCCACUCAGGGGAGCCCGGUCUGGAGCGCCGGCCCCUCAACCCGGUCAAGGUCAGCUGCCUCCGAGAGUUCAUCCGGAUGCACUGUGCCUCCAACCCCGACUGGUGGAUGCCGUCGGAGGAGCAGAUCAACAAGGUGUUCAGUGACGCCGUGGGCCAUGCCCGCCAGGGCCGCGCCGUGGCCAGCUUCCUGGGCGGCGGCGGCGGCGGCAACGGGGGCGGCGGCGGCGGCGGUGGGGGCGGGGGCGGGGGCAGCAGCGGCGGCAGCAACAGCAGCACCAGCAGCCUGUACAUGGAGGGCUACGACGCACACCUGGCCCAGCCCGACGAGCUCUACCUCAAGGGCUGCCACAACGGCGGCCAGGCCGACUAGAGGCCGAGUCAGGGCAGGUUCAGGCUGAGUCAGACCGAGUCAGGGUGAAUUCAGACCGCAUCAGACCGAGUCAGGGUGAAUUCAGACCGAAUCCGGCUGAGUCGAGGUGAAUUCAGACCCAAUCAUGCUGAGUCAGGCCGAAUUCAGACCGCAUCAGGCCGAGUCAGGGCGAAGUCAGACCCAUCACAGGCAUUGCAGCGAUUAGUGCUAACUGCUGCAGUGAUGUGGGAGUCUCACCUCAUUUGUUUGACGUCAUGUUGGGAACUUAAACGUCUCCUCCAUAACAGGGUUGUAGAGCUCUGGAAAGGACAAAACGGCGGUCUCUCUUCCAUUCACAAUAAUACAAUGCUGAAGCCACAUGGUAAACAAGGUCCUUCUUCCCGCGGUUGUCUUCCGGUCUGAUCACCUACUCACGUGAUUGGCCCCCACAACGUGACGUCAGGUUGUUUCUCUAAAAGUUGAUUCCGUUUCAACUCUUCACCGCAAUCGGCUGCAUUUUACUUUCAGAACCAAACGCAGAACGCACUACCCCCAUUCAAAAGAAUGGUUGAUUUCGCCUGAUUUGGUCUGAAUGAGCCCUUUAACAUCCAUGCUUUGCAUUCAUGGUUCUUCUUUCGCAGUGAUUAUGCACGCAGACUGCCAGUCAAGAUUUUGCGGGGCAUAAAUCUGUUGCCAUCGGGUGAUUUUUUAUCAUUAUAAGAAGAUGAUCGGGUUAAUCAUGUUAAUUUGAUCUACCGAACCAGAUCCACAAUGUUCUCAAUGCUGGCAUAAGUCAACCAGCAAAUGUAGCCCGUGUAGCAGAUCUCCCCUGUUCCCCGUCCCCCCAUGGCAACCUUCCAGUGCCCUGCAGUGUGGGGAGAUGUGUGGAGAGUGAUCCAGAUGACGAGAGUGUUCUUUAGUCGUCUUACUUUGCUAUUCAACACAGGUGUAUGAAUCAGCCUGUCGGGUCAUUGGAGUAGACUUUUUAACCUGAACCGUAUUAUUGUAUAAAGAAUGACCGUUAUCUGUCACUUUACAUGGGGGAAAAGGGGAGGGUAUCGUUGAAGCAUUCCAGAGACACUUCGAUCCGAUGUAUCUACUUUAACUGUUAUAUAUUUUUCAAAGUUGUCAAUUUUUUUGCGUAGUUUUGUACAUUGUUGUCUUUUUUUACAUUAUUUUGCUACAAGGGAGCCUUGGAUUUUUACAUAAGAAAGAUAGAUUGUCUUCAUGUGCAUUUACUUUCAUGAGCAGUUGGGUCAUAUCAGUUUUUGGUAAAUGGAUAACUGGACCAAAAUAGACAAGUGAGACUGUUCAAUCUCUUCGGGUUUUUUUUGGAGCAACUUAAAAGAGGGCCUGAGUAUUACAGUUCAAAAGUCAUUAAUGGGAGUUGAGUUGAGUUGUCCGACCCAGUGUCAAUGUCCUUAAUUUGAAGUGUAUCUGAAGCUACAAACUUACUUUAGGCUUACACUGAGCUCAAAUAUAAUUUGUGUAUAUUUUCUCAGUUCGGAUCCAGAUGGCUUCAGUCGAGUAACGCCCUCUCAUCACCUCCUCAGCUUUAGUGCCUGUAACAACUGAAGGAGCUACAAAUCAUGUUUUCCUACCACCUACGGUAAAUGUCCAACAUAAAACACGCUGUGUUAUUUAGUUUACAUGUAAGGGAACAAACAGUGACCCCUGGAGGAGCUUAAGAAAAGAGCAUAAUUUCCUCUUGAAUCAUUCCAGGAGAAGGCUAGUGGGAAACAGAUUUUUAUGAAUCAAUGAUAACGGGCCUCCUACCAUUGCGUUAUAUAGACUUGAAGAACAAAAGCAUUGUUUUAUAUACUGUGUGUCUUAUAGUAGUUACCGUAUCAGACAUGUGUUUUUACAUUGACUUUAAAACAGAAGUGGCAAAUAUACAUAAGAUUGUAUCUAAGUUCAGGUGUCUGAUAUUUUAUUUAAAUAAUUGUAUUAUUUUUUUAUCAUGGAUUACAUUAGUUCUAUUCUAUAAUGUAUUUGAAAACCACCUGCAGUUUAUGUAUUGCUUUGUUUUAAAUCACUGUGUGUAACCAAACUUAGCUUUUGGAAUCUGAAAUACCUUUUAGACUAGAGGUUAUUGAGAAUGUAUGUGCACUCAAUGCAGUAUGUUUCUAGUGUAGUAGGAUGCUAGUACUAGUAUUCGGGACUGCCAGACUGUCAAUGAUUAAUGAUAUGUUUCAGAAGUAUAGUGUUUGCAGCUAGAGAAAUGUGUUGCUCUGAAAACAUGUAUACUGCAACACCACCACCACGCACAUCUUAUAGCUCUCUUCAUUUUGGGACUAAUUAGCAACAAGAUGGUAUUGCAUCUGUUUUUGUACACCCAAAUUUGUCCAAUGUCUGACUUUCCCAGAUUUGGUACCAGCCUUCAAGCUGAUAACAUAAACCCGUUAACAAGGGAGAAAUAAAGGCCAGUUCCUAGUACACUUUAUAAAUAUAUAUUAUAUUAAUGUGUACAGUGUUGCUGUAUACUACUGAAUGAAGUAGAAAAGUGCCACAGAACUUUUGCCGAUUAGUUUCUGUAAUCAUAUACUGUUCUGAAUGUGAGCAUUUAUAUGUGCUAUCUUUUAUCCUCCAAAGUUGCUGCGUCAACACUGUGAAAUGUCCAUUUGUUUUUUUACGAAACAAUUUAAAUAAGACUUUGAUUUUUAUUUAUUAAGAAAUAAAAAUGUAAUCUAUCAAAAUUCA